CCCUUUUCUUAUGUAAUAGUAGUUUUUGAUGAAAUGAAAAUUACUUUGUGUUCUCUUUGUGAGUGCAUCCUCUUUCUCAAAUCUCUUAGUGAGUUUUGAGAAGAGCUAGAUCUCUUUGUGAGUUUUAGACCUUCUUCUAUUUUGUCUUUGUGAUCAAGUAGUGUGAGAACUCAAGGAAAUUUCAUCCGGAUUAUAUUCGUUCUGAGGUUUCCUCCCCACAACCCAGUCCACUCAGCAACCCCGUUGCCCCAUCCUGUUCUGCCGCCGACUUCAUUGGCCCUCCAAGCCUUUGGCCGCCACCUUGCACUCGUCCCAGCAGCCGACCUUCAACCCACUGGCCACCCUUGGGUCCCCACCCGCCGACUCCCAUUGCCAAACCCUCCCGCCGGCCUGCUCCCCUCACCCCAACCGCUGGAAUCGCCACCUGCAAGCCACCGGAUCUAGCCUACCCACUCUCCCGUUUGGCCGCUGGUUUCCCAUCCCUCCACCUCUUCAAUUCUCGUUAAUUCCCCCCUUCAUAACCUUCCUAAUUUGGCUCCAAUUGUUUUGAACAUAUUUUGAAUUUCAACAAUCCUAUUGAAUUGAAUUGAAGAGCUUUCAAUUUUCUCCUAAACCAUGAGUUAGGAAUUCCCAUAUUAAUUCAAAUCAGAUUUUAAUUAAUGACCCAUUAAUUAGCCGGGCGGGCCCACUACAAACCACUCAAGUACCCCUCCUCUCUCUCUCCCGUAUUAACCCUCUUGUAAUUUUCCUUUAUGGCUUUCCUUUUAGACUAAUUUCAGGUUUGAAAUUUCUAAAACUGAAAUUAAGUCUCCCACAAUUGAGAUAUCUGAAUAAUAAAAAAAAAAAUCAGAUUUUUUUUGUUUAUUUUCCCCCCAUAGCUUCCCCCCACCCCCUCUCCCCUCUCAAACCCGUGAACCCCUCUUUCCCCUAGCUCACGGGCCCACGGCUAGCUCUCCCUCUAUUCCCUUUGGGGUGUUUCGUUCCCUUCCGGCAAGGAUGCAUGGCGGAACCCGAAUGGAACUUUGGAUUUGUACAUGACGAUCGAGAUCAAGUUGACAUCCUCCAAUCACCGUUCUUUGACGUGGGCUUCGAUUUCGACGACACUAUUGAAGAUUACAUCAACCGUAUUCAUUACACAUUAGUUGCUGUGAUCGACGAGCAAAGAUCAAAGGAACGUUGGAUCAUCGUUGGACGACCGUCAUCCUCCACCACUCCGGCCACCUAUCCAAGAACGACGAUCUUAGGCUCCUUCUUACUCGGAGUGACCUCGGUUCUAAUGUGGAGACUCUUCUUCCGCUAAGCCUAGACUAGUUGAGUGUAUGGGCUCCAAAGGUGAAGUUCUCAUUAUUAAAUCAUGGAUUCUUGUGUAUUGUCGUAGUUUUAUAAUUGCUCUUUGCGUUUUCUUGAAUUGUUUGGGAAUCGGCUUUGCUCUUCUUUGCCUAAGAAAGUUAAAAACCAAGAAUUCUAAGGAUCAAUCAUUGUUAUAAGUAAUAAAUUUAUUGUGGAAACACUUUGUUAAUCCGCUAUCUUUAAUUUCCUAACUCCGGAUUGUUUCACAUCAUCUUGGUAUCAGAGCAUGGUAGGCAUGCAUGACAUGUGUAGAAAAACAUCCUAGGGUCAAGCUUUUCAUUGUAGUUUAAAAUUUGCAUGCAUAUCAUUGCGUAGUUAGAUUUUAUUCACUGUUUUCACUGCUGUAAUUGUAUUUCCUGCACGCAUCUAGUAAAGAUUAAGGCAUUCUAGAUAGCGUAGGGGUGCUGCCAUUAAUCCCACAUUGACUCUAAUUGCUUAGGACAACCACACCCUUGAGUUUAACUGCUGUCCUCACUGUUCCAGCAGCAUUUAGCCAUCGUUCAGUGAACUUUUAGUCUUUGUUUGGGUGCUGCCCACUCCCUCGGACCAUUCCAAACACCUAGACAACUUAAGCAACGGCUGAACUUUGCUGUCCAGAAAUUUGCUGCACCAUUUAGUGGCCUUUAGGUGAUCCUAAAACCUGUCUUAAGUUGCUGUCCACACCAUAUAACCUGCCCACAACUCUUAGACAACUCAGGCAACUUCCCCAACUGCUGUAGGUUGCUGUCAACAACACUCCUGCACUCGUUUAGUGGACUUUUAGGCUAGGAACCUUAGCAUUUAGGUGCUGCCCUCGACCCAAUACCCUUCCUAGUCAUCUAGACUAUUUUAUCCACUAAUGGGGUUUGCUGUCCACAUCUUUAGUGCACCUUCUAAUGACAAUUGGGAGAAUCUAGCUUUGCUUUAGGCCCCAUUCGAUCAAUCAUGCUAGUCGGAAGAUGCCCCACUCUGCUUUUCAAUCUAGACAUGAGUUUAAUCCACAACGACUAGAGUCACAUGACCAUCUACCCACCUUUGAUGGUUCAUUAGACCCUUACUACUUUAGGGAAUGGGUUAGACAACUAGAGGACUAUUUCGAAUCAUGUCAUAUCCCUGAGCCCCUCCAUGGUAGCAUCGCUAAGUCUCACCUAAAAGGUCGAGCUCUUCAAUUUUGGAUAAAAUUGGAAGACCAUAAAAAGUCUCGCGGUGAGUACCUCACUUGGAAAGACAUGAGACGAGAACUUAAUUUAAAAUACCGACCCUCUACUAGUGACCGUCAUCUAGAACACCACCCUACCUCUUUUGUUGGGACAACCCAUGGACACUACUGUGGUCGAGACCACCCACCCAUUAGUAACACCAGGGUUGCUGCCCAACCCUGUAGGUUUUCCCCUAGCCUUGAUGGUCGACCCUCUAUGGGGUAUUCUGUUGGAUCGAUCCCAUACAACUCCCCACUUAGACCCAAUUCUAGCCAUUCCAGUCAACCUUUAGCCUCCCCAAUCCUCGACCCUGCAUAUGUGAUUUUAAUAAAGAAUUGCAGUAAAGAGAAAAAAUCUAAUGAACCUGAGACUGAAUACAUCCAUUUCGUGGAUACUAUUAAUAACAAGGACUUCUUUGAGGAUGAAACUGAAGUGAUUGAAUCAGACUCCUGGCAUGAUUUAAACCCUGAGCUAGGAAAGUUAGAACCUUUGAAUGACGACACCUUAGCCCACCCUGAUCCUAGUCUCAUCGAGGAUACUUCUUUGGAUAAGGUUUGCCUGGACGAUAGUAAUAUGAUUUUGAAAGAAACUGACCUGACCGUGAACACAUUGAAAUUAAAAUCGGAAGAUUCUGAUUUAAUUACUGAGAUGACUCCGAAUAAUUCGGAUUUAAUUUUGAAUAAUUCUAUGGCAAUGUGGAUAAUUUCAAAUUGGAAAUGAGGAAAUUGAAGUUACUACCUGAAUUAAACCUUGAUUUAAGUGACCCCAAAUUCAUUGAUCUUAGGGUUAUAACCAAACCUGAUCCUUUUGAGGAUAGUAAUAUGAGUUUGGAAGAUAGUAAUUUGAAUCUGAAAGGUUCUGAGCCUAAGUUGAACCCUAAACAUCCUCUUGUCUUAUUGGAGUCUAUUCUAGGAGUUGCUCCUUUAGAUUUACAUUUGACAGAGUAUACCUUUCUUGAUUGGACUUAUAUCAUCGACCUUAGUGUUAGAGAGAGUCGUAGCCCAUACUUUCAGGUCACAUUUCUAACUGUUGUGCCCAAUUAUGUUAGGGAUACCCUACCCCACUUCUUAAGUCCAAUACCCGCUAGCCACUCUUUGGGCUAUCAUACUAUGGUAGUAAGUCAUGACCCAUCGUCUUAUCAUAUUCCUGAUUCCUACAUUAUGCCCUUGAUAUCCUUGUCCUUCCCUAGUAAGGAUAUUCUCUCUCCUAGUUGGAUGACUUUGAUAGAUUACCCUACUGUCGCUAGGAGACUUCUCUGUGACCCGAGCUGAGACACCCUAUGGAGAUGCCCUUUUAGCUAAGGAUGUCUUCAUUGCUCCCCCUACACCCGUUCCAUUAGACCGAACACUUUAGACCCCUCUUUUUGUGACUCGUCCACCUGUUAUAGCUACGUGUUUGUGAGUUAGUAUGUUGUGUGUGUGUUGUAGUCUGUUGUCUUCCUAAUUUGUCUAUGUUUAAAACUUUAGUUUGUAAGCUCAUGAGUCUUGUCAUUCAUCAUACACACCCGAAUCUCUUGCAUGUGCAUCUGCAUUUCACCUUCAGGAGUUACUCAAAGAAAUUAAAAAGAAAAUUGAACAAAGUAACACCCAUUUUAAAAUUAUUGCUGAUAACAAAAGAAGGUCCAAAGAAUUCAAAGUUGGAGACUUUGUGAUGGUACGGGUCCGCCUAGAGCUUUUCUCCAGGCGCCAUAAAGAAGUUGCGUGCUCGAAGCACCGGACCAUUUAAGAUAAUCUCAAAGGUUAAUAGUAAUGCUUACGUACUGGAUCUCUCUUGAGGCUUUAACAUGAAUCCUACAUUUAAUAUAGAAGACCUAAUAGCCUUUGAAGGACCUGAAUUUUAACCUCAAAAUCCACUCCUUAAAACAGCCUUGUUUGACCCCACCUGGAGAGAUCACCAACCUAGCUCCACUCCCCAAUUUACCUUACUCACCCAUAGUGGAGAAGAUCGAAGCAAUACUAGAUGAUGAGGUCAUUUCCCUAAAGGAAGGUGGACGCCGACGAUACCUAAUUCCUUGGAAAGGGACACCGGAGAUACAGGAUACUUGGAUCGACAGGGACGAGCUACAGAGCAUAGACUCAGAUCUCCUAGAGUUGUACGAGGGCUUCAUAGAUAUCUACUCGAUGGGGUCGAGUUUUCUCCCACCUGAGGAGAACGAUGACGACAUCGUCAGCGAUUUCGACACAUGUACCAUCAGAAGACGCCGGAGAUCGACGGCCACGAUCAUGAGUUAUAUUUUAGUAAUUUAUUGUAGUAGUUUAUUUUAUUUAUGUUUUUUCCGCUUUUG